AUGAUGAUGAUGACUGGCCGUGUGCUGCUGGUGUGUGCCCUCUGCGUGCUGUGGUGCGGUGCCUGCGGUGGUGGAUGUUCUGAACUAACUCCAGCUCCUCCGGAUUCUUCGGGUAUUCCGUCCGAAAAUAACACUCAAAAGAACGCGACCGUCGUUGUCACUGGAGGAGGUGGUCGAAGCGGUGAACAGGCACCGCCUAAAGUAACAGCAACAACGACGUCAGAACCACAGAAAGCGCCAGCGAGACCGUCACCGGCACCACAACCCGGAAGUGAAGUAUCAGAAACGGUAAUUGCAACGAAGGACAACAAUAAUACAAAUACAAAAGGUAAAAAGGAGGAAAAGGAAGAAGAAGACGAAGAGGAAGAGGAAGAGGAAGACGAAGAGGAAGAGGAAGAGGAAGACGAAGAGGAAGAGGAAGAGGAAGACGAAGAGGAAGAGGAAGAGGAAGAGGGGGAACCGAAAGAAGAAAAAAGCAACGAUAAGAAGGAAGGAGAGGAGAAAAAGCAUGAAGACGCUGUUACCGGUACCACAGAGGGGAUGUCAGCAGGCGGUGAAGAGCCGCCAAUUAUAUCUUAUGGUGUAGAGGAAGCAGCGAAUCAAACAAAUCUCAAAAGCACACAAAAAACUGGAGACGAUGAUCCAGCAGCUGAUGGUGCAGGGACAGGAGAGGGAAAACAAAAUGAAAAUAAAGAUGCCAAUCCGAAAGAAACACCAGUCGAAGCCGCAGCCAUGAAAACUACGACGGCGACGACUGGCGACAGUGACAGCAGCACCACGGCCUCCCACGCCACCUCCCCUCUUUUGCUUCUUCUUGUUGUUGCGUGUGCGGCUGCUGCUGCGGUGGUGGCCGCGUGA